AGUUUUUGUUGUUUUAUCUCUAUACACAGUGCGUAAAACGUUAUCAAUAUUUUUUUGUUUACAUAAUAAUUGGACCGCACGCCCAUAUGGCGACGAUAACAUUCCCUUAAAGCAUUUAGUUUUCUAAUAUGGAGAAGGACAUUGAUAGCAACCUGGACGAGGGAGACCUCGUCGAGCUGCUGAAGGUGGAGAGCAGGUUGGUGACGCACGCGCGGGCGCUGCGCUGGGCCGCGUGCCUCAUGGUGUUCGUGGGCGCCACGCUGUCGUUCUGCCUGCUGGUGCCGCCGCCACGGCCGGCGCCCGCGGCCGCGCUCGUCUGCUACUACAACACGCCCCGCGACGCGCGCUCGCUACAGCCCAGAGACAUACCACCACACUUGUGCACACAUAUCAAUGUUGCUUUCGCCCGUGUGCGCAAUAAAACCUUGCACUUGGACCCGCCGCAGUUGGCCGCCAUACGUCAAGUAGUGUUGCUUAAAAAGUCGAACCCUUACCUGAAGGUGCUUGUGUCUGUAGGAGGCGCCGGAGAGAACGGUUUCGCUGACAUGGUGAUCAAUCACGCCUCUCGCAAGCAAUUCAUUAGAUCCAUCAAAAGCCUCCUCCAUAACUAUACCUUAGACGGAAUAGAUCUGGACUGGGAAUUCCCAACCGGCAACCGUCAGCGACAACACUUCUCCCAGCUGCUUCGGGAGAUCCGAACAGAGUACCUUAGAGAAAAACGAGAUUACUUACUGACAGUCGCUGUUGUGGCAGAGGAAACCAUAGCCGAUGCAUCAUAUGAUUAUGAUCAACUAAACUUGUACACUGACUUUGUGAAUGUUAUGACUUACGAUUUUCAUUUCUACACUAAAAUGACUCCAUUCACUGGCUUCAACUCCCCGCUGUAUUCCGAACCGGGGCAGCGGUUGUUUCUUUCCACACUGAAUGUAAACUACACAAUGCACAUGUACCUCGCUAAAGGGCUAAAACCGGAAAAGCUUGUAGUAGGGAUUCCUACAUAUGGGCACUCAUUUCAGCUGGUAAAUCCAGGUAACACAUUGCCAGGUAGUCCGGCAGCGGGGCCAGGCAGCUUAGGUGCUGGUGGAUUUGUGUCAUAUCCGGAUGUGUGUCAGUUUGUGAAACAUCCGGGCGGGAAGCAAUCGCGGGAUGUUGCCGCGGCGGUACCAUACGCGCACCGCGGUACGGAGUGGCUGUCAUAUGAUGAUGAAGAAAGUGUAGCAAGGAAAGCUGAGUUAGCAGGGCGAUUGGGGCUGCGCGGGGCUAUGGUUUACUCGCUCGACGCUGAUGAUUACUCCAAUGUCUGUGGGCUGAAGGCUCUGCCGCUCGUGUCCGCCGUCCGCCGCGCGCAGGACGGUCCUCUGACUUAAUACCUGUUUCUUCCUAGCCACGUAGGUGAUCUUGUACAUCGCGCUGGACUUCAUGGCGGAGUGCCGCGGGCCGCGUGGGCGCGCGGGUCGCGGCGGGCGAGCGCGGCGUGAGCAUUGUGCGGACUUAUUAACUUUUACGACGAAAAAAACAGAAUGCCGGCCUUACGAGUACUGUUCCGUUUACUGCAAGGUUUCCGCGCGAGCGCGCGCGCGACGCGCAUCGCCGCCAGCGUUAUGUUAAUCGUCUAUAAUUAACUAGAGAAAUUAUAAGAAUGUUAUGUAAUUAUUUUAACAAUUUA